GUUUAAGUCAGGACAUUAUGUACUGUAGUUCUGCACAUAACAUUUGGUGUAAAUCCCGUUUUCGCAUCUGAUCAAACAUUGUGAUCCAGGAAUGAAAGUAAAGCUGUUACUUCAUCUUAUUUUCCAAGGAUUUCUCCUAUGUGAGACUUUGGCAUGGCAAGUGACGAUGCCAAAGGAAAUUCAUGGUCUCAAAGGUUCCUGUCUGGUCAUACCAUGUUCCUUCUCCUACGCAUCGGAUCCACCCACUAACCCCAACAGAGUUGUGUGGUAUCAGUGGGUCUCUAAAGGCUACCCUUUAGUUUAUGAUCCCAAGAAUCCAUCUGAUGUAAUAGACAAAUUCAGAGGAAAAACUUAUUUAUUUGGCAACCCGUCAAAUGGGGAUUGCAGUCUUCUCAUUAAACACCUGGAUCAGUCCCACCAUGAAGAGAAAGUAUAUACAUGGAUUGAUCCUGAAAAUAUUGGAUGGCGUACCUACGAGUUUUAUGAGGUCACAUCCACAGUUUUUGUGGACGCAAGCCCACAGAAGCCCACCAUCAAUAUUUAUGAUGGCGUGAAGACCGGUGACAACAUUAAAGUGACAUGUUUUACCACCCACGCCUGUCCAUACAGCAAACCAAAGAUCAUUCUGACGGGUAUAGAAGGAUCUGAUCAAACAGGUCAUGUGAUUAUUGGAAAUGGUCAACGUAAAAUCACUCUGACACGCACGGGUGUCGUGAAAGCUGAGCACUCGAAUAUCGAGUGUAUCGUGACACAUUAUGGAGGCAUAACAGCAAGAGCUACAAAAUCACAAAGUGCAAAAUGUAUCUAUACUAAAAUAGCCAUUGAGCCUAACCGUGCAGAUGUCGUAGAGGGUGUUGCAAAGGACUUCACGUGUACCAUCAAUCAUUCCUGUCUGAAUGAUCCUCCAAGCAUCUCAUGGAACUAUAAGAACAUGCAGGUCUCAAACGGGAAUAAAAAACUUUCAGAGUUCAAUUCAGCCACCUCUUCCACCAUAACCUUUGUUAGUACAAAAGAAGACCAUGGAAAGAUAUUGAAAUGCACUGCAAACAUUUCGGGGAAAAACAUUGAUUCAUCUGUUAAUUUACGUGUACAACAUUCUUCUACAGAGCCUCCAAAACCAGCGAUUCCUGUCCAGAAUCCAACCCUUUCCCAGGGUGAGGCCGAAGUGAUGACCUUUGACUGGAAGACCACUGGGAUUUACAUCAUAGUCCCCUCAUCAAUUAUCUUGCUUCUUAUCUGCACACUUGCUGGAGUCAUCACAUACAAGAGAUGUCACAGGCCAUCACCUGAUGAUAUGCAUGAACAGAGGUCAAAAGAUGUGUGUUCAGAUUCAGAAUCAGCAAACAAGACUUUCUCUAAACCUCAUAUGUCAUCACCAAAGAGUCAGCGAAAAUCCUGCUCUAUUGAAGACUAUGAAAAUUAUUACACCAAUAUUGAAGACCUCAACACGUAUGGCAACAUCUGAUGAAAACGCAUCAUAUUUCUAAAUUGUGACCCUGGAUCACAAAACCAGUCUUAAGUAGCAUGGGAACAUUUUUAGUAAAAGACAAAAAUACAUUGUGUGGGUCAAGAUUAUCGAUUUUUCUUUUAUGCCAAAAAUCAUUAGGAUAUUAAGUAAAGAUCAUGUUCCAUGAAGAUAUUUUGUAAAUUUCCUACCUUAAAUAUAUAAAAACUUUAUUUUUGUGAGUGGAUGGUCUGCCACAGUGCCCCCGAUUAACAACUUCAAAGGCAAUUUUCUCAAUAUUUUGAUUUUUUGCACUCUCAGAUUCCAGAGUUUUAAACAGUUGUAUCUCACCCAGAUAUUGUCCUAUUCUAACAACUCAUACAUCAAUAGAACGUUUAUUUAUUCAGCUUUCAGAUUAUGUAAAAAUCUCAAUUUCGAAAAAUUGACCCAUAUGACUGGUUUUGUUGUCCAG